CUCUCUCUCUUUUCUCUUCCUCUGCGUGUAGCUUUCUUAUAAUUCCAUGGUUUCGGUUGCUGAGCACUCGGGCCGAGCCAGCUGAUGCCGUAGAGGACCCAAAUCACGCAAAUUCCUGGACCCUCUCCCUCUCGCUCUAUCUGUCUCUCUCCCUCUUCCUUCCAGAGUGAGCCUGUGGAGUGGAUUUUGCAGCCAUCCAGCCAUGAUUUCCUCCACCAAGCUCAAAUCUGUAGAUUUCUACAGGAAAAUACCAAGAGAUUUAACGGAGGCAACGUUAUCAGGUGCCGGAUUGUCCAUGGUAGCAGCCCUGUCCAUGAUGUUUUUAUUUGGAAUGGAAUUGAGUAAUUAUUUGAGCGUUAGUACGUCUACAUCUGUUAUUGUUGACAACAGUAGUGAUGGAGAUUUCUUGCGGAUGGACUUUAAUAUCAGUUUCCCUGCACUCUCAUGCGAAUUUGCUGCUGUAGACGUGCACGAUGUGUUAGGAACUAAUAGGUUGAAUAUUACGAAAACAAUCCGUAAAUUUUCUAUAGAUUCAAAUUUGCGGUCGACUGGAUCUGAGUUUCACUCAGGCCCACUAUCGAGUUUGAUUAAGCAUGGGGAUGAAGUAGAUGAAGAAACCAUUGAUGGUUCUAUUACGUUGAAUUCUCGGAACUUCGAUAGAUAUGCUAAUCAGCAUCCUAUUUUGGUUGUUAACUUUUUUGCUCCUUGGUGCUACUGGAGUAAUAAGCUGAAACCUUCAUGGGAGAAGGCUGCCAAAACUAUAAGAGAAAGAUACGAUCCAGACGUAGAUGGACGAAUUCUCUUGGCAAAGGUUGAUUGCACAGAUGAAGCUGAUUUGUGUCGGAGGCAUCACAUACAAGGUUAUCCAUCCAUUCGCAUUUUCCGUAAAGGAAGUGAUGUAAGGUUCCAGGAAGCCUUGUAAUUGCAGCUCGUUCGGAGGCCCAUUCAUUUGAUGCAUCUCAAAUGAAUAUGUCACACGUCAUAUCACACCUUUCAUUUGGUAGGAAGAUUUCCCCCAAGGUGUUUAGUGAUGUUAAACAAUUAAUUCCGUACAUCGGUAGAAGCCAUGACAGGUUGAAUGGACGUUCCUUCAUUAAUCAGCGAGACUUGGGUGCAAAUGUUACUAUAGAGCAUUAUCUUCAAGUAGUUAAAACAGAGGUGCUGACAAGUAGAUCUGGUAAAUUACUUGAGGAGUAUGAAUACACAGCUCACAGCAGCGUGGCCCAGAGUCUACACAUUCCUGUUGCAAAAUUCCAUUUUGAGCUCUCCCCCAUGCAGGUUGUGAUUACUGAGAACCACAAGUCCUUUCCACAUUUUAUCACAAAUGUAUGUGCCAUCAUUGGAGGUGUUUUUACGGUCGCUGGAAUAUUGGAUGCUAUUCUGCACAAUACUAUUAGAUUCAUGAAGAAAGUUGAACUGGGCAAAAAUUUUUGAUAGCCUGUAGUUUUACCAGGAAUUUUUGCAGACUGGUUUUUCGUGUUACUUUAGUUAUAUAUAUUUGCUUUUUUAGACAAGGAAUGAAGCAAGGUGUUCUGUUGAAUAUUUUCCUGCUAGGAAAAUGAUUUUGUAGGACUUGAACUCCAAAAUAAAUUCAAUUAUAUGCUUACACAUUCUCUAAUAAAA